AUGAGCUGCUGUAGAGGAAUAGGAAUCCACUCGGGCAGCGACGAUGAUUAUUCCAUCUUGGAGGCAUUGUGCCAUUCCCUUGACUGCGAGAUGUACGGGGUGAAGGUAUCCGAGCAUGUGUCGCAUUCAGAUCGACAUGAGAAGAUGAUGCUUCAGAGCAUGAUGCUCGACCAUCUGUUCCUGCCAGCUCUCGUCAAGGUCUUGAGCUCGGAGGAGUCGGCAAGCAUGCUGGACUGCAUCGAGAAGGCAAAAGGGAUGCAACGGAAAGACGCGAGCGCGAUGAAGGAGUGGUCGAGGGAGAUGAACCAUUUCCAGAUGUUCUGCUCGUACUGGAGGAAGGAGAACUUUCCUGAAGACCUCAGGAGGAUGAAUCAGUCCUUGGCAAGGUCCAAGAAGAAGCUCUACGACGUGACGACGAGCCUUGAAGGGGAUGAGGAUGCUCGUUGGUCAUGGCGGAGUGUGACCGACGACGACAGGGUUCGUGUGGUCGACGUGUCUCGGGAGGAGGAGGAAGGAGCUCCUGGCAAAGUGCCGCAGGAUCCUGCAGCAGCUUCUGUUCAGAUCAUCCGCGUGAACGAAGGGCCGGAGCUCCACCAUCGUACUGUUGGCAUUCUGAUCCUUUUGAAAGCACCAGGGGCCGUGGAGGCGUUUGACAGCCAGGUAGCAGCUCUGGAGAAGGAGAGAAUCAGGCAGGAGGUGUCGAAGAGGCCCUGCAGGCUCGAGCUCUUGGGGAGUGGAGGGUGUAAAGGAUACAGGUCAGCGAUGGAGGUGAAGGAGGAGGAGUUGGAGGACUUCAGCCUGGGCUCGUUCGAGCAGGCUGUGGUGAACGCGUUUCAGUCGAGCAGCUUCACUCACCCUCGACCUGUCAAGAUCAAGCUGAAGGAGGUGAAUCUGAUCGACGGAGGGGUGCGAGACUGUCCUCCCUACAGCAGAGAGGCAGGGAGCUUCUUCGGAGAUGUCGUGCGCCGGUACAGGGAGCAGUCGGGUAGAGCGAUAGAGCUAGAGACGUCAAGUCAGCUGGUGAUGAAGUUCAGGAUCGAAGCUGGGGCAGCGCAUGCUCCAUGGGACGAUGGAGACGAAGAACUUCAGCGAGCUGUCUCCUCGGACGACGCCAGAAUGGCUCAAGCAGCGCUGCGAGGGAUGGGGAGGGUCUUCCCCGAGCAGCACGCGGUUGCCGUUAGGUUGCUCAAUCGGCUCAAGUUCGUCCUGGCAGAGCAGCAGGGGAGCCUGAAGGACUUCAGCAAGCUUGAAUUUGCGAUCCUCGUGCCCAACGUCUGGUCGCUGAGGCAGCAGACCAUGUCGCAGAUGCGAGCAGCUCUGUUCCCCGACGAACCCAUGUCGUCCCAGCUCCGAAGGAGGGUGAUUCCCCAUCAGGACAGGGCGGUAGAGGAGCUGAGGGAGGCGAUACGUAGGGGGCCCCCAUCGACCCUCUUCGUCAUCAUCGCCGACCAGUCGCACUGGGGGCUGAACAAGGGGGGCCCUGUCGACAUGCUCGUCAACGACGAGCUGCUGCUGCGCCAGCGCAACUUCAUCGUCCUCCUCGUCAGUGCUACCCCCUUCGCUAACCUGACCUGGCACAGCAGGAUCCCCGAGCGGUACGUGAAGUUCGAUGACGACGACCCUCUGCGGUCGAUCGUCUCGGCCAGCAAGCUAAGUGACAUGGGGAGGAAGAAGCGAGGAGGAGCGGGGGGGGAGGAACUCCACGUUGUGCGAUGGAGGAGGAGGAGGCAGUCGGGUCGAUGUGCUUUCUUUGGGCUGGAAGACUUUCUCAGGACGAUGCCAUCAGCCAUCCUCAAGGAGUGUAUCCUGCCUGACGACGGUGAGAACUCGGAGAAGGAAGGAGGACUGCGGCGGCGGGAUCAGCUGAUACGGGGGGAUCCGGAGCUUUCAAAGAUCAUGGAGCAGCACUGCAAGGGACGGGGGAAGAAGAAGGGGGAGGUGAUCUUGAGGGAGCAUGUCUGGCUUGCAGACGUCCUGCUGUCUUUGCUAUACUUUCGCAAACUUCGGUGGGAUGCAAAGGCCCAGGAGCUGCGGAGCCUCGAGCAAGCGUCUAAGUUUUUCCAGCUCGAGAAGCUGAGAGAGAUGAAGCUGGAAAAGGAGUACAGGGACAUGGCAGAGCGAUGCUCGCUGGGGGUGAUGAAGGCAGCAGAGGUCCUCCUGAACGAGAUCAAGGCUGCGAUAUUGCGGCUCUCCACCUCCACCUCCUCCUCCUCCGCUCCCCCUCCUCUCUCUGCCGCCGCUCCUCUCGCCGACGCCUUCUUCGCUAAGUUGACCCACGAGGCUCGAGGAGGCGACGACCGGGUUGUGCAUGCUGAGGAGAGCAGGUUCUUCCAGCUGAACGAGACCGACGCCAUGGUCAAGGACCUCCUCCUCCACAACCGGCUGCCCAACGGGCUCUGCGGACACAUGAAAGUUGUCAGGCUUUUCAGCGUCGAGCAAGCGGACGAGAUCGUCCGCGGCCUGAGGAAGAACCGAGACGAGCUGUUCGGCAAGAAGGCUCCUCCCUUUGCCGUCAUCAGCAACCAUGGCGGCUGCCCUCUCCUCGACGGCAUCGAGCCGUACUUCCGCAAGCAGCCGAUCGUGUACAACAGGGAUCGGCCCCCUCGCUCUCUCAGCUCUCUGCUACGUGCGAGGGAGAGGGAGGAGGAGGCGAGGGGGGAGGAGGGGGGGGAGGGGGAGGGGAUCCAGUGCAGGGACCUCGAGGGGCUACCAGGGAUUCUGUUCCUGACGGAGAGGGGGAGGAUGGGGGAGACUUUUCCUCACUCCUUUGACUGUCUUGACAUGCGAGUGAGAUGGUCGGAAGAUACCACGUCUGUGAUUCAGGAGUUGGGGAGGCUGAGCAGGCAUGCGGGCACGAGGGAAGCACUGCCGUUCAGCUCGGUAGACGAUGCGAUGGCGCUAGCGGAUCAGCGGAAGUGGUUCGAGGAGGGGGGGAGGCCGAUCGCUGUGUACGCGAAGCAGGGGGAGGAGGUGAUGGAGGUGGCGGAGGCAGGAGGAGGGAGGAUGCGGCUGGUGGGGAUGGCCUGGAGUCGGAGGAGCUGGACAAGGAGGAGCAUGCUGAAGGUAGUCGGGUCGGGGAAGGUUUUGAUGCUGAAAGACGAAGGGUCGAGUGAACUGUAUGAGAUGAAGGAUGUCAGACUGGAAGGAGAGGAAGGAGGAGGAGGAGGAGGAGGAGGAGGAGGAGGAGGAGCGAGAGAGGAUACGACGGACUUGGAUCUGACUGGCUGCAUGCUCAUCCACUUCCCCAGCUGCAGUCGAGCUGGCAGCUCGAGCUUCAACUGGCGGGAGAGCAGAUGCCUUGAGAUCGUCGACCAUGACCGCGUGUCCUCUUUGAUCCGGGUCAGGAAUCGCUCGAAGUCCACGGACCCCAGCAGGUUCGGAGCAGGAAGCUGUUACACGAUCGUGCGGGAUGCUGGAAGUCUAGAGUGGCUUACGAGCAGCAGCAACUGCCCGUACGGGGGAGAGCUCAGGGAGCUGGAGCACGCGCUGCCCUGUGCUCUUGUCAGCGAGCGGUUGUACGACGCGAUCGGAGAAGCGGUGGAGGUGGCGGAGGUCAGCAGCCGGGAGGUGUGGAAGUGUAUCAGGCUACAGUCGAGGCUCCACACGCACGUGAGGAGGAGGGAGAAGGGAAAGGACCUCAAGAUCAACUACGACGAAAACGAGCUCCAUGACUACAGGAUGAAGCACCUCGUCGGCACGGCUGCCAUCGAGCACUGCGACUGGUGUGAGGACCCUGACGAGAGGGGGAGGCACAGGCUACGCUUCCUCCUGCAUGCCGAGUGUCAGGCCGGCAAGACAGGAGCGUACCUCUGUCUCCUCCACCUCCUCCGCCAGGAGAUCAGCAGCAGCUCCUCGUCUGCCUUCGCCUGCCUGCCGCCACUUGGGAGCUGGCAGGAGAUCGAGGACGAGCGGUGGCAGGAGAGGAGGGCAUGGGAGUUGCCGUACUGGGAGGACCUGGCGAGGCAGCAAGUGGACGAGAGGGAGAUGAAGGAAGGGAGAUACUACAAGCUGAUCAUCUUACAGAGGUUGAGGUUGCUGAUCAAGUGCAGGAUGGAGGAACGCUCUUCCUCCUCUCCCGCCUCUUGGUCGUCCUCGUCCUCGUCCUCGUCCUCGUCCUCGUCCUCGUGGAAGCGGAGCUACGUAAGGAAGCUGCAGCAGGCUGCGACGGCUGACAACUUGGAGGGGGAGUGUGUACAAGGGGAAACCCUCCAGCAGCUCGACAGUUCGCUGCGAGGGUUGGCGGAAUGCCCGAUCAGAGUGGAGGAAAUGGCAGGAGGAGUCAUAAUUAGGGUGUCCGACGCCGCGGGCCUGCGGAGGGUCCUGGAGUGGGACAACAGCAGCGGGUCCUCUCGAGCUGUCGCUGUACUGCUGAGCAGGGGGCUGAAGACUCGCUACGACGAGAAGCUGAUAGAGGUGAGGGAGGACGGAAGUCUCUUCCUGCCUUGUCAGACGAAGCUGUGGGAUGUUCAUGGUAUCACAUGGAAGAUCCAUCCAGAGGAGGAGGAGGAGGAGGAGGAGGAGGGGGAGGAGAGGGCAGGUCGAGUUGCCAAGCAUGAGUAUGCCGGCCGCUGCUCGCGAUCGCUCGACUCUUACCUCAAGGGGGCCAAGGUGAAACUGCUGAGACUUGCAAACGUCAUGCGACGAUUCGAUCUUCGGAAACUCUUCGGCCCCGACAGGCGCGACUGGCCGUCCAUCUCCUUCCCGUUCUUGAACGAGGAGACGACUGGUUACUUCAGGCUGGACUGGGAGGGGAAGGUGGCAGGGGCUGUGGAGCAGGAGGCGGAAGGAUCGAUCCGCCACUGGGUGUUCACCCCGUCCCACGGACGAGACUCUGAGAGUUCAAGGACGACGGGGCAGUUGGCCUAUCUCGACAGGUCGCAGGCGUUCAAGGAAGGAGGGAGGAAGGUACCUGUGCGACAGGUACUGGUAGUGAGGCCGGACGAGGAGGAGGGAGGAGGAGAGUUCAGCGCAUACCUCAACGACGUUGGCGGCGAGUUCAUAGUGGUCUCGAUGCCUCGGCGGAUGACGUUGACCACGGACAUGCGGAGCAUCGGGUUCAGUGAGGAGCAGUUCUCAGCUCAGCUGGACAGGGCAGGAGGGCCGCUGGUGCUGACGCCUGAGACGGGCGGGAUGGGCUACACGAGGAUGUUCAUCCAGAUCUUUGCGCACCUGCUGGGGCUAGAGAGGGUCUGGGUGCUCGACGAUGACGUCAUCGACUGCUACGAAGAGGACCUGGACGCGACGUUCGCGUCUGCCCCCCCCAGGCGCCAGCCCCUCCUUCCCUGCUCGUUCGCCCGCAUCAUGCUCACUACACAGCGAAUGUUCGACGAGCGGAGCAGCAAGGCUCUCUAUGACCCCAGCUGCAACCGACCUGCCUGCCCCUGGACCCGCUCGUUCUUCUCCUCAUCCCUUGAGCUAUCCGGCACGUCGGCAGACUGCCGAGCUGUGCGGGGGCUGAAGGCGAGAGAGGCUGCUCUAGAUCCGCUGGAGGUUGACAGGACGGUGUCAAACGUCGAGGAUUUUCGAGGGGACCUGGACGGAUAUGCAGUGAUCGGGAUCAGAGGAGAUGCGGGGAGGAGGGAAGGGAAGGGAGCUUUCGGUAUCAGCAGCGACAUCUCCUCCUUCUACCUGCUCAACGUCCGGUCGACCGUCCUCAAGGGACUUCUGUUCCCACCCAAGAGGUUCGGGGAGGAGGGAGAGUUCUACCGUCUGUGCGAGGCGAGCGGGCUCGCUGUGCUCCAAGUCAACCGCUUCUUCUUCCACAAGGCAGAGCCGAGCCUCCUGGGCAGACUCCAUGUGGAGCCCUGCUGGACAGGAGGAGGGGAGAGGAGGGUCCGCGUGCUUAUCAACGGGGUUCACGUGUACGACGUGGUCACGUCCCAGGACAAGUCCAGCUGCAGCGACGUCUGGCCCUGCCUGUUGGAGGAGAGCAGGAGGAGGAGGGAGGAGCGUCUGGUGCCGAGGGUGUCGUGCAUGAUAGAGGGGAGUGAGAGAAGGCUCCAGGUCGGAGAGGACGAGGAGCUUGACGACAGCUGGGAGUUUGCUGGGAAGGUCUGCGAUCAGUUUGACAUCAGGGUGUUGCUACCGUUGAAGCCGGAGGUCAAAAUCUCUCUUGACUCGCUCUCCGUCCAUCGGGGCCGGCGAGCCGUCGGGCCUCGGAGAGCCAGUCGGUUCCUUGUGGACUGCGUUGACUACCUGCGAGCGGACGCAGUGCUCUUCUACCCGCCCCGCAACGAGACGGACGAGGAGGAGGAGGAGGAGAGGACCUUGUUCGAGGAGCCGGAGACGGGCUGGAAGGUGUUGGAGGGAGGAACCUUGGACAGGGGAGGAGGAGGCACGUCGAUUUGUAUCUUGUGGGACUACUUCUCCGAGUGUUCAAGGAGGCUGUUUACAGCGCUAAGGAGACUGUCGGGGGAGGCAGGGGGAAACUUGUCCAGGGUUACCUUCCUCCUCCCAGCGGUGAUGUACGCAAGGAACCAGCGCGCGAUCGAGGAUAAGAUUCGUGUGUUGGUGGUGGGGGGGAAGAAGUUCAAAGUUGAGAGGAGAUGGAGCAGCUGCCUGGAGCAUGGCAUGUUCGAUGACAUUGACAAGGAGGAGGACGAGGACGAGGACGAGGACGAGGAGGAGGACGAGGACGAGGACGAGGACGAGGAGGAGGGAGGGAGAGGCGCGAGGAGCGGGUAUAGGAAGGGUCUCCCGAAACUGGAGAGAGUGUCCAAGUCUGUCCAGCAGGAGGAGGAGCAGUCUUUGAUCGUGAUCAGCUGUUCAACUGAUAGCUCGGAGGGCUCGCAUGACGUGAAGAGGGAGCAGGAGGGAAGGAGAGGGGAGAGGAGGGGAGAGGAGAGGAGGGGAAGGGAAGAUGCGAGUAGGGAAGUUGAGAGCAGAGAGCAGGAGAGGAGGAGAAGGAUAGAAGAAGAGGAAGCAAGGAUGCAAGAAGAUUCGGAGGAGGAGAGGAGAGGAGGAGAAGGGCGACUAUCGUCAGCCAAG